GCUAAACCCUUACCGGGUCGCACUGGAUAGAGUCGAACGCUCGCUUCUCCCCCUUCCUGCUACCGCUCACCAGCGGCGAAUUCCGCGAAGAAGAGAGGGGCAAUGGCCAUGGCCGCCGCCUCCCCGUUCCUCCUCCUGCAACCUCUAGCCCCCAAGCCCCAUCGUCCUCUCGGUCCCCUACACCCCAGCCUCCUCCGGACCCGCCUCCUCCGCUGCUCGCCCAAUGGUGCGGCGGAGCCGGAACCUCCUAAACCCACCCCACGCCGCGGGCGGAAGAAGGCGUCGGAGCCGGGCUCGUCGCCGCCGAAGGCGAAGGCGACGAGGCGCAAGACCAAGAAGGCGGGGCAGGAGUCGGACUCGGAGGGCGAGGAGGAGCCGGCUGCGAAGCCGAGGGCCCGUCGGACCAAGAAGUCCCCGAAGCAGGAGGCCAAGCAGCAGCAGGGGGAGGAGGAUGCCCAGGCGGAGGAGCCUCGGAGUGCGGCCCGCGAGGAGGACGCGGGAGACGACGGCGGCGACGGGGCGGAUUUGCCGUACGAGUGGCCGCCGCUGGUAUGCUGCUUCGGGGCGCCGCGGUGGGAGUUCGUGCCUACGGUGCGGGUGUCGGACCAGCAGAUGCACCCCGACCAGUACUCCACCUGGCUGCACCUGCAGUGGGAGCCGCCCGAGUUCGCGCGCUCGCCCGGGAGCGCCUCCAGCAACGUCGCCAUCGCGCUCACGCGGCUCGGCGGCCGCGCCGCGGUGCUCGGCAAGGUCGGCGACGACGACUUCGGCCACGAGCUCGUGUACCGCAUGAACCGCGAGCGGGUGCAGACGCGCGCCAUCAGGUUUGACGGCGCCGCGUCCACAGCCAUCGCCCGGAUGAAGGUGGCGUUCCGGGACAAAGAGGACGGCGAGGGCGGGACAUGUCUGGUGGCCGAGACGGUGAAGAGCUCUGCCGAGGACUCGCUGCACAAGGACGAGAUCAAUGCAGAUGUGUUGAAAGAGGCCAAAAUGUUGCAUUUCAAUUCAGAAGUACUGCUGACGCCGUCAAUGCACGGCACACUCUUCAGAACCAUUGAGCUGUCCAAGAAAUUUGGGAGCAAAAUAUUCUUUGAUCUCAAUUUGCCAUUGCCUUUGUGGAGGUCGAGGGACGAGACAAAAGAGUUCAUAAAUAGGGCAUGGAGGGAGGCUGAUAUCAUAGAGGUGUCAAGGGAUGAGCUGGAGUUCCUCCUCGAUCACAAGUAUUACGAACAUAAGCGAGCCACCCCGCCUCAGUAUUAUUUGGAUGGGUUCCAUCUAACAAGGAACUGGCCACAGUACUACCACUAUACCCCUGAAGAAAUUGCUCCGAUUUGGCAUGAUGGAAUAAAACUCUUGCUGGUGACCUAUGGAACACUUCGUAUCCACUACUACACACCCAAGUUUCAUGGCUGUGUGGUUGGAACGGAGGACGCACUCAUAACUCCAACCACAACUGACCGGACGGGUUCUGGUGAUGCUAUUGUUGCUGCUGCUAUUAGGAAGUUGACAACUUGCCCUGAGAUGUAUGAGGACCAGGAUACAUUGGAGAGGGAGCUAAGAUUUGCUGUUGCUGCUGGUAUCAUUUCGCAGUGGACUAUUGGUGCCGUGCGAGGGUUCCCCACUGAAAGUGCUACCCAGAACUUGAAGGAGCAAGUAUAUGUGCCUUCUAUGUGGUGAUUGGUGAACUUGUAAAUCAUUUCUGGUGAAGGAGGCAGAAAUUUAUGUUACGAGCACGAUUCAUAAGUGGUGCAGCAGAAGUGAGCAAGGAUAAUAUUUUACCACAAGAGUUGACAGGUAUAAGGACGCUUUAAUCAGCGCGUUACACAGGCAGUGAGCCACGUUUCAUACUGUCCAAUCAGCGGGGAACUCUUUUGUGCGAGUGUUUCCAGUCACAGAAGCACUAUUGUAGCACUUCGUGGGGAUAGGAUUGAUUGAUGUGAGACUCCCACUUUUUUUUCUCCUUUUUCUUUUAAUUUUCUCUUUGUAGGCCGGAGAGAAUGCAGCACUCCAGCUCUCUUUUUCCUAGAAAGCCCAUGUAGGAAUUUUGUAGACUAAGCAAGACUAGGAACCUCCAGUGUUUUGUUCAUCCGCAGAAUUCGGCGUCUCUGCUGGUCAUUUCCAUCUUCAAUCUCCAUGGCAGUUUUAA